AUGGAGGAAAAUGCGAAUUCCAUAGCUGCAGACCGGGACUAUGAUCAUAAUGAGGACUACAAAGAAAUUUCGCUACUUGGAUAUAGCCCAGCGAAAGCAUCUCAAUUACCGAUGGACGCCGUCAAUGAGUUAGUCACAUUGAGCACAAACCUAGAAAUACUUAAGCAGGUGGACAAUAAUACCGACGUGGAUCUGGGAUGCGGAAAACACGCUUCGAAUGGUGUCAUAAAUAUCGUGUGCUUUUUGUACUAA